UCUGUAUCAAGUAACACAAGAUCAAAUAAAACACGAGCAAUCCUUGUUUCGUGCCUGAACCAGACAGGUGAUAUUGAAAUCAGUUAUACAAAUGUGUACUAACUCUUCAUAAAGACUAUCCAAAGAGGGUAUUAUUAUCAUCUGCAUUUAAUAGAUAGCUAUCCUAAGGCUGUUGUAAAAUAGAUUCUCAGAUCAUACCUAUAUGAAGCAGAGAACUGGAUUUCCUUUCCUGGCAGUCUGACUCCAAGAUCCUUUCUUAGAAACAAUUACACUGUAAAAACUGAGAAUGAAUAAAACCCAACAUGGGAGACUGAUUUUAACAUCUGUUAAUCUUAAACCAUUAAAUAAUAAAAAUAAGUUAAAAUGAAAGAAAAAUAUCCAAAUAUUCAUAUACAGAGAAGUCAAUAUUCUUCAAUCGAAAACACAUUUUUUAAGUGCUCAAGGAAUAUUUACAAAAAUGCUGAAUAUUUAAUUAAAUAAUUAAUAUUUGUAUAUCAAAUUGACUUAAGAGAAUGACUUCCUUAAAAGCCUAAGGAUGCGAGAUCAGUUUGAUAAAUAUUGAAAAUGGGCUGAAACUUAUGAGUGGGAAAAUAGGGCCAUUUCAACCUGCAUGACAUCCCUAAAAUUUAUUUUCCAUUUUGGAAACUGUAGGACAAAAACUAUUCCCAUUCAUGUGGGGUAUAUAUUUAUGUGUAUGGGUGUAUAUGUCUUCCCAAGAAAAUCUUGAAUGCUUUUGAUAGGAAAAAUUUAGAUUCUGUUUACAUGUAUCUGGUAUUGAGAAAAAUAAAUUAACAGCAGUCAUGAUACAAGUUAUGAUCAAGCUUCCUUCAGAAAUUUAGACAUCCAAUAUAUGAUCUAUGUAUUGGGUUUAAAAAUUUCCAUAGCAAGUGAUGUUGCUGAACACAAAUUAUGACUACACAAGGAAAAUAUUGCAAAACAAUGAAAGAGAAUAUGUCUUCAUUUGCAUGCUUGCACAUGAGAAAUCAGCUUUUACUUCAAAAUUAUUAUGAAAAAAGCCUAUAGCAAGGAGAGACGUUGUUUAAAUAGUAGUUAAUUUGAGCCGUUUUGAAAAUUACAUUUUUUCCAUAAAGGCAGCAUUGAACUCAUCCAUUAGUAUGCCCUAGUGCUUUCCUAUUUGACAUUGGUCCCAGAAUUGAAUUUAGAAGAACCAAGAAUUUUACUGCACAUUCGGAAAUCAGGAUCGCAGAGAGUUUAAGAUCAAGACCUUAAAGGGGAUCAUGACCAGUGAUACUGGGCUUGCCCUUUUUUAAUGUGUGUUUGUUCAGACAUGGGAAGUUUACUACCAAUCUUUUUUUUUUCCAAACUAGUAAUGAUAGAAUUUGUAUUUUCCUAUGAUGCCUGUAUUAAAUGUAUAAUCAUUUUAAUAUUUUAACACUUUUUUAAUGAGUUCUUUCAAGGGUUGUUAAACAAUCUAAACAUCUGAUUUUCCCUUGCAAUAUGCUGAUAGCUAAUCAUAUUUUCUCAAAGUCAUUUGACAUAAUGUUUGAUUGAAGAAAAUAUCUCUGGUAUGACUCUACUUGCUGAUUACAAAAGAGAAUUUGAAACUUCAAGAAAAAAGAUUAGAAAAGUUAACAACAUAAUACAAAUAAGUAUAUAAAAUAUAUUUUAUUCUUAAGAAAUAUAUAUGAAAUCGGAGUCGUAGAAUGAAAAAAGAGUAAUAUGUAAUUUUUAAACUACAGUUACAUUUCAAAUGUGAAUUUAAAUUGUAAAAUGUUAAGUUUAAUAAUAUUUUAUAUAAAUAUAAAAAUGCAAAAAUUAUUCUGAUGUUUCUAAUUUUGAAAAGGACAUGAGGCACUGAAAAUUUUCAGACACUUCUCCUAGGAUUAUCAAUUGAAAGAAUUCCUUUGGCUGAGUAUGACAUAAUCUGAUUAUGAUGGAGGAUCACCUCAUAAGACCCAAUAUUUGUACUCCUACUGGAAUACAUAUGAAAAAAGUGUGUAUCACUGUGUUUUAAUAGCUCAAGUUGAGAAGUCUCCCAAAUGUCCAUCAGUGAUAAAAUGAUAAAUAAAUUAUGGCAUACUUAUGUGGUAGAGUACUAUACAGCAAUUAAAAAGCAAACCAGAGUGACAUGUUUACAAAGAAUUUAUAUAACAAAGAAAAUGAACAAAUUUGAGCUAAAUAGCUAAUACAGAUGUGAGAGGAAUUAUCAAUAUUGAAAAAAUAUUCAAUUUAAUUCAAUUUAUAUGAAGUUUGCAAAAAUAUAUUUUAAUACAUUGUAAUUUAUUACAUUGGUGGCAAAACUCUAAAACGAAACAUAUAAGUGAUUAUCAUAACAACUGGGAUAUGUGGGAGGAAGAAAACUAAAGAGAAACAAUAUCAACAAGAAGGUAUAUAUGGGGAAUGUCUGGAUUUUUGGCAAAUUUUAUUUUUUGGCCACGAUGUAGUAAACAUGGGAGAUAAACUUAUAAUUUUUUCCCUAACUGUGUAUUUAAGUUUUGUUACUUUUCAUAACUAUGUUAUGUUCCACAAUAGUAAAAAUAUUUAAAAAUCAGAAAAUAAAGUAAAAUAAUAAAUAAAAAAUGAAGCCAAAACUACAUAUGUGCAUAGAUACAAUGGUAUUAUAAUUAUCAUGUUUUUCUUAACAAAGAAGCAUAGUGCAUUAUGGUAGUAAGAAAUACAAGUUAAAAUUAUAAGCUUUUCUUUAAAUUAAUUUUUAAAAGAAGGUAUAAUCUAGAAAUGUAAAUUUAAAUUCUUAAUGCUAAUCUUGGACAAAGCCUCCAGGAGCAACUGAAAACCUCUCUGCCACUGGCCUCUGCAGUAGAACUGCCCUUGCCACUCUUGGACUAAUGAAGGAGCAAAGAUCCUAAGUGCCUUAUCCAUACCUCCAACAAGAUGCAAUCAACCCAAGGAGAGAAACCUAGUUAGACUUCCAUGGGUCCCACAAAUGCACAAACCCUCCAUCUUGGGCUGACUGCACUGAGUGAUUGCUGACCUGCAUCUCUCUGGGAUGGAACCCCCAGAGGUUGACUCUUGGCCACAACCACUACUAAGAUCUCUUCCAGUGCUACCUCUAAACUGGGAAAGGAAUAUAAACACUGAGAUUGCACCAGGGCUGCAGUUGGCAGCUCAGGAAUGCCAAGUUUUGAACUGUAGCCAGGACUGAAGGGCACAAGGAACCUACAUCUUCAGAACACUGAGAGGGAACAUGGCUGCAACUGUGAGGAAACAUAGGGGAAACAUAUAAUUGAGCAACAGUCUAUCAACUGACCAAUAAGCAUAAGUGUCACCUGCUGGAUUACACCCCAAAACUUCAACACCAAAAAUGCCUCACUAACAUAACCCCCUUUGAAGCCAGAGACACAAAGUCAGCUUCUAAUAAAUACCCUACACAAAGGCUCUCCCUGGUGAAAACAUCCAGAAAGGAAGUCUAUUUACUGUGCUCAAUAUACACUGCAGUUAAAGAAACACCCACAUACAGAGAUGAGAAAGAACAAAUGCAGUAACUCAAAUGGCCAGAAUAUCAUAUUUCCUCCAAAAGACUACAGCAGUUCUCCAACAAGAGUUCUUAACAAGGUUGAACUGGCUAGAAUGACAGAAUACAGUAUAUGGCAGAAACAAAGAUUAUUGAGAUUUGGGAGGAAGACAAAACCCAAUCCAAGGAAAAUAAGAAUCACAAUAAUGUGAUACAGGAGCUGAAGGAUGAAAUAACCAGUAUUAGAAAGAAUUUAAUGGGUCUGACAGAGCUGAAUAACACAAUACAAGAAUCUCAUAAUGCAAUCACAAGGAUUAUCAGCAGAAUAUACUAAUCUGAGGAAAGAGUUUCAGAACUUGAAGACUGGUUUUCUGAAAUAAUACAGUCAGACAAAAAUAAAGAAAAGGCAUAAAAAGAAAUGAACAAAACCCCUGAGAAGUAUGGGAUUAUAAAAAGAGGUUAAAUCUGUAAAUCACUGGAAUCCCUGAAAGGGAGAGCCAGAAAGCAAACAACUUGGAAAGUAUAUUUCAGAAUAUCAUUCAUGAACUCUUUCCCAACCUUGCUAGAGAGGCCAACAGACAUAUUCAGGAAAUACAGAGAACUCAUGCAAGAUUCUACACAAGACCAUCUCCAAGAUAUAUAAUCAUCAGAUUUCCCAAGAUUGAAAUAAAAGAAAGAAUGUUAAAGGCAGCCAGAGAGAAAGGGCAGGUCACCUACAAAGGGAUUUCUAUCACGGUAACAGCAGAUCUGUCAGCUGAGUUCUUACAAAUCAGAAGAGAUUGGAGGCCUCUAUUCAACAUUCUUAAAGAAAAAAAUCUUCAACCAAGAAUUUCAUAUCCAACCAAAUUAAGCUUUUUAAGUGAAGGAGAAGGAAGAUUUUUUUCAGGUAAGCAAAUGUUGAGGGAAUUUAUUAUCACCAGAUCUGCCUUACAAGAGAUCUUGAAAGCAGCACUUAGUAUAGAAAAGAACACCACUACCAGCUAAUAAAAAAACCCUGAAACACAGAGACCAGUGUCACUGUAAAGCAACAACACAAACAAGACAACAUAAUAACAAGCUAAGAGCACAAUGACAGGAUCAAAUCCGCACAUAUCAAUAUUAAUCUUGAAUGUAAAUGGGCUAAAUGACACAAUUAAAUGGCACAGAAUGGCAAGCAGGAUAAAAAAGCAAGACCCAAUGGUAUUCUGUCUUCAAGAGACCCAUCUCAAAUGUAAUGACACUCAUAGGCUCAAAAUAAAUAAAUGGAGAAAAAUCUACCAAGCAAAUGGAAAACAGAAAAAAGGGGGAGUUGCAAUCCUAAUUUCAGACAAAACAAGUUUCAAACAAAUGAAAGUCUUUUAAAAAAAGACAAGCAAGGAUAUAACAUAAUGGUAAAGUAUUCAAUUUAACAAGAAGACCUAACAAUCCCAAAUAGAUAUGCACCCAAUACAGGAAUGUCUGGAUUCAUGAGGCAAGUUCUUAGAGACCUACAAAGAGACAUACACUCCCACCCAAUAAUAGUGAGUGACAUCAACACUCCACUGACAGUAUUAGAUCAUACAGGCAGAAAAUUAAUGAAGAUAUUUAGGACCUAAACUUAGCAUUGGACCAAAUGGAUCUGAUAGACCUUUACAGAAGUGUCCAUCCCCAAAUAAGAGAAUAUACAUUCUUUUCAUAGCCACACGGCACAUACUCGAUAAUCAACCACAUAAUUGGAUAUAAAACAAUCCUUAACAAAUGUAAAAUAACCAAAAUCAUACCAAACACACUCUCAGGCCACAGUGCAAUAAAAAUAAAAGUCAACACAAUGAAAAUUAUUAAAGCAUACAAUUACAUGGAAAUUAAACAUCAUGCUCCUGGAUGACUUUUAGAUAAAUAAUAAAAUUAAGUCUGAAAUCAAGAAGUUCUGUAAAAAUAAUAAGAACAAAGAUACAACAAACCAGAAUCUCUGGGACACAACUAAGGCAGUAGUAAGAGGGAAAUUCAUAGCACUAAAUGCCCACAUCAAAAAGUUUGUAAGGCCUCAAAUUAACAAUCUAAAUUCAAAAUUGAAAGAAUUAGAGAAAAAAGAACAAAUGAACCCCGAAGCUAGCAGAAGAUAAGAAAUAACACAAAUCAGAGCUGAACUGAAGGAAAUCAAGACACAAAAAACCAUUCAAAAGAUCAAUGAAUUUGGGAGUUGGAAUUAAAAAUAAUUAUAAAAUAGGCCACUAGCUAGACUAAUUAAGAAGAAAAGAGAGAAGAUCCAAAUAAACACAAUUAGAAAUGAUUUAAAGGAAUGUUAUUACUUACCCUACAGAAAUGGAAACAGCCAUCAGAACCACUAUAAACACCUCUAUGCAGACAAACUAGAAAACCUAGAAGAGACAGAUAAAUUCCUGGACACAUACACCCUCCCUGCUGCUGGAAGUCAGAGACCCCAAACGGAGGGACCGGCUGAAGCCAUGGCAGAAGAACAUAAAUUGUGAAGAUUUCAUGGACAUUUAUUAGUUCCCCAAAUUAAUACUUUUAUAAUUUGUUAUGCCUGUCUUUACUGCAGUCUCUGAACAUAAAUUGUGAAGAUUUCAUGGACACUUAUCACUUCCCCAAUCAAUACGUUUGUGAUUUCCUAUGCCUGUCUUUACCUUAAUCUCUUAAUCCCAUCAUCUUCAUAAGCUGAGGAGGAUGUAUGUUGCCUCAGAACCCUGUGAUGAUUGCAUUAACUGCACAAAUUGUAGAGCCUGUGUGUUUGAACAAUAUGAAAUCUGGGCACCUUGAAAAAAGAACAGGAUAACAGCAAUGUUUAGGGAAAAAGGGAGAUAACCUUAACCUCUGACUGCCAGUGAGCUGGGUGGAACAGAGCCAUAUUUCUCUUCUUUCAAAAGCAAAUGGAGAAAUAUCACUGAAUUCUUUUUCUCAGCAAGGAACAUCCCUGAGAAAGAGAAUGCGUCCCUGAGGGGAGGCCUCAGAAAUGGCCGCUUUGGGGACGGCUGUCUUUUACAGUCUUAGCUGAGGGAUGAAAUAAGCUCUGGUCUCCCAUAGCACUCCCAGGCUUAUUAGGACGAGGAAAUUCCCGCCUAAUAAAUUUUGGUCAAACCGGUUGUCUGCUCUCAAACCCUGUCUCCUGAAAAGAUGUUAUCCAUGACAAUUCAUGCCCGAAACUUCAUUAGCAAUUUUAAUUUUGCCCCGGUCUUGUGGUCCUGUGAUCUCGCCCUGCCUCCAUUUGCCUUUUGAUAUUUUAUUACCUUGUGAAGCAUGUGAUCUCUGUGACCCACACCCUAUUCGUACACUCCCUCCCCUUUUGAAAAUCACUAAUAAAAACUUGCUGGUUUUAUGGCUUAGGGGGCAUCACGGAACCUGCCAACAUGUGAUGUCUCCCCCAGACACCCAGCUUUAAAAUUUCUGUCUUUUGUACUCUGUCUUUUUAUUUCUCAGACUGGCCGACACUUAGGGAAAAUAGAAAAGAACCUAAGUGAAAUAUCGGGGGUGAAUUUCACCUGAUACUCCCAAGACUGAACCAGGAAGAAAUUUGUUCCCAGCACAGACCAAUAAUGAACUCCAAAAUUGAAUCAGUAAUAAAUAGCCUAUGAACCCAAAAAAGCCCAAGACCUGCUGGAUUCACAGCCAAAUUCUACCAGGUGUACAAAGAAGAGCUGUUACCAUUUUUACAGAAACUAAUCCAAAAAGUUUAGGAGGACUUCUCUUUAAUUCAUUGUAUGAGGCCAGCAUCAUCUUGAUACCAAAACCUGGCAGAGACACAACAGCAACAGAAAAUUACAGACCAAUAUCCUUGAUGGACAUCUAUGCAAAAAUCCUCAACAAACCUUUGCAAACUGAAUCCACAAGCCCGUCAAAAAGCUAAUCCACCAUGAUCAAAUAGGCCUCAUCCUGGCAUGCAAAGUUAGUUCAACAUACAAAAAUCAAUAAAUAUGAUUCAUCACAUAAACAGAACUAAAGACAAAAACCACAUGACUAUCUCAAUAAAUGCAGAAAAGGCUUUUGAUAAAAAUUCAACAUCCCUUCAUGUUAAACUAUUUUAAAAAAUUAGAUAUUGAAGGAACAUACUAAAAAUAAUAAGAGCCAUCUAUGAUAAACCCACACCCAACAUCAUACUGAAUGGGCAAAAGCUGGAAGCAUUCCUCUUGAAAACCAGCAAAAGGAAACGAUUCCCUCUGUCACCAUUUCUUUUCAACAUAGUAUUGGAAGUCCUGGCCAGAGCAAUCAGGUAAGAGAAAGAAAUAAAGGACGCCCAAAGAACCAUAGAGUAUGUCAAACUGUUUGCAGAUGACAUAUUCUCUAUCUACAAAACCCCAUAGUCUUGGCUCAAAAGCUCCUUCAUCUGAUAAACAACUUCAGAAAAGUUGCAGGAUACAAAAUCAAUGUACAAAAAUCACUUGUAUUCCUAUAAACCAACAACAAUCAAAUCAGGAAGGCAAUCCCAUUCACAAUUGCCACACACACAAAAAAUACCUAGGAAUACAGCAAACCAGGAAGUGAAAAAUUUACACAAUAAGAAUUACAAAAAAACUUCCCAAAAAGAUCAGAGAAGACACGAACAAAUGGGAAAACAUCCCAUGUUCAUGGAUACAAAGAAUCAAUUAUUAAAAUGGCUGUACUGCCCAAAGGAAUGUACAGAUUCAAUGUUAUUCCUAUCAAACUACCAAUGAGAUUCUUCACAGAACUGGAAAAAUUUAUUUUACAAUUUAUAUGGAACCAAAAAAGAGCCCUAAUAGUUAAAGUAAUACUAAGUGAAAACAACAGAGCUAACAAAGCUAGAGGAAUCACAUUACCCAACUUCAAACUAUGUUACAGAGCUACAGUGACCAAUAUAGCAUGGUACUGGUAUAAAAACAGGUACAUACACCAAUGGAACAGAAUAGAGAUCCCAGAAAUAAGGCCACACAUUUAUGACUAUCUAAUCUUUGACAAAACUGACAAAAACAAGCUAUGGGAACAAGACUUCAUAUUUAAUAAAUAGCACUGGGAUAACUGGCUAGCUAUCUGCAGAAGAUCAAAUCUGAAAUUCUUCCCUGUACCAUAUAAAAAAAUCAAGUCAAAAUGGAUUAAAGACCUAAAUGUAAAACAGAAACCUGUAAAAGCCCUGGAAGACAACCUAGGCAAUACCAUCCUGGACCUAGGAAUGAGCAAAGAUUUCAUGGCAAAGACAUCAAAAGCAAUCAAACAAAAACAAAAAUUGACAAAUGGGAUCCUAUUAAACUUAAGAGCCACUGCACAACAAAAGAAAAUAUCAACAGAGUAAAUCGACAACCUACAGAAUGAAAGAAAAUAUUUGCAAACAAUGCAUCUGACAAAGGCCUUAUAUCCAACAUCUAUAAGGAACUUGAAUUUACAAGAGAAAAACAACCACAUUAAAAAGUGGGCAAAAGACCUGAACAGACACUUCUCAAAAGAAGACAUACAUGUGACCAAGAAGCAUAUGAAUAAAAACUUAACAUCACUGAUCAUUAGAGAAAUCCAAAUCAAAACCACAAUGAGGUACCAUCUCACACCAGUCAGAUGGCUAUUACUAAAAUGUGAAAAACAAUCAGCUCCAUCAUGGUGGAUGGGAGGCAGGACUAAAUUGCAGUUCUGACUUGGAAAGACAGAGUAGCUUAUGAAGGCUUGCAUCAUGAAUUUUAGCUCCAGAAAGACUGCAGAAAAAAAUCAGGAAAUGCGAGAGGACCCACAGGUUUUCUGAAGAAAGUGGGCUGCUCCUGCAGAACCUGGGAGACACCCCAAAUACUGUGAAGGCCCAAAUUGCGGAAGUGGGAAAGGGAGAUCCUCUGCCCCCAAACACAACCUCCCCUGGGAAAACUGAAGGUCUAUUUUAUGGGAAAAGAUUACAACCUUACCUGGAGCUGAGUCAAUUUAGAGAGCUGAGCAAAAUACAGGAAUAGAGGGAGCAGUAGAAAAGGCCCUGUGAGCUCGCUGGGUCCUCAAGCAGGCUAUUCCUGUGUGGCAUCACAAAGAUCCUUUGGGAGGGUGACAAGAGGGAAAUGCCACAGAGAGAAGGAAAUCACCAGCUGAAUUUUGGAACAAUUUGAAGUCAUCGAGAAGCCUCCUGGCCAGAACUGAGGGAAGAAUUCAAAUCCAUUGUGCAGACUAAAUAGGCAGGGGAAGAAUUAAAGUCCUGCUUUCUUUCACAGCUAGGAGGUGGGUAGCCUGUGGCAAGUUCUCAGCCCUGCUUGCCGACUGUCUGGAAACAGACAGGGUGCCAUUGGGGAGGCAUGGUGGGAGUGAGACCAGCCCUUUGGAUUGCAUGGGAGCUGGGUCAGGCCUGUGACUGCCAGCUUUCUCUCACUUCCACGACAACCUGCAUGACUCAGUAGAGGCAGCUUCCUUCUAGGUGCAUAACUCCAUUAACCUGGAAACCUCAGCCCCAUCACCCCUAGCAGCCACAGCAGAAGAGAGUGAGUCUGAGCUCAGACCUGCUUAGCUCUGCCCCACCUGAUGGUACUUCCCUACCCACAUUGGUAUUCUGAGCACAAAGGGCAUAAACUCUUGAGAGUUCUAGUGACUUACCCACUGCCGGUGCCUCUUCAUACUAUCACAGCUGAUGCUCUCUAGAAAGAACUACCUCCUGGUAGGAGGCCAACCACACAAAAAUAGAGCAUUAAACCACCAAAGCUAAGAACCCUCACAGAGUCCAUUUCACCCCUCUGCCACCUCCACCAGAACAGGUGCUGGUAUCCACAGUUGAGAGACCAACAGAUGGUUUACAUCACAGGACUCUGUGCAGACAACCCCAGUAUCAGCCUGGAGCCUGGUGGACUUUCUUGGUGACUAGAUCCAGAAGAGAGAUAACAAUUACUACAGCUCAGCUGUCAGGAAGCCACAUCCAUAGGAAAAAAGGGAGAAUACUACAUCAAAGAAACACCCUCUGGAACAAAAAAGUCUGAACAACAGCCUUCAGCCCUAGAUCUUUUCUCUGACAGAGCCUACCCAAAUGAGGAGGAGCCAGAAAACCAACUCUGGUAAUAUGACAAAACAAGGCUCUUUAACACUCCCCAAACAUCACACUAGCUCACCAGCAAUGGAUCCAAACCAAGAGGAAAUCCCUGAUUUACCUGAAAAAAAAUUCAGGAGGUUAGUUAUUAAGCUAAUCAGAAAGGCACCAGAGAAAAGUGAAGCCCAAUGCAAGGAAAUCCAAAAAUAUGAUUCAAGAAGUGAAGGAAGAAAUAUUCAAAUAAAUUUUAAUAAUAAAUAAUAAUAAAUUUUAAUAAUAAAUAAAUUUUAAUAAUAAAUAAAUAAUAAAUUUUAAUAAUAAAUUUUAAUAAUAAAUUCAAACAUUUGAUACAGUUAGUACAUAAAUUUUGAUGCAUAAAAAAGUUAAAAUGAAACACACUAAUCUGUUCUGUAUACACCUAAAUGUAACUUUGACACUGAAAUGGAUUAAGACACUGCUCUUCUCUGAGGAACUGAGUUUUUAUUCUAAUUUCUGGAUGUAGUGUGUGGGAAUUAUUAUUUUUGCCGCUCUUUUUCUGAAAAAGAUUGCCUUUUCCUAAGAGCUGUUGUUCCAAUGAAAACCUAGUGUUUUCAACCCAGCAUGAAUGAUGCAAGUGCUGAGGUCCUUUGGGCGAGACCCUCUGGGGUUAUUGUAGCUCUCACUGGAGACGUGAGCUCUGCUCUCUUUUCAAAGUAUCCAUGAAGUCUCAACAGAACCCACCACACAACCCCCCACCCACCAUGGUAGUUUGUCUUUCUCUUUGUCUUCUUUCCCAACCUCAUCUUUAUUGCCUGGAUAUAGUGAGGCCAGGGUAACCUUCUUGUCUCUACGUGGAUAGUACGUUUGUACUUCUAGCCUUGGGAUUUUUCCUUAAUAUUUUUCCAUGCUAGCUGAGUUUGCCUUUUCAAUAGCUCUCUUGACUAAAUGUACGGUAAUUUCCAAGAUAUUUUGGUUUUAUUUUAUUUUAUUUUUGCUUAGCAUUGCUUCAGGGGACUGAAGGUGAGGGAUCAGUUCUUCAUAGUGGAACACCUUACAUCUUUCUCUGCCAUCUUUGACGUUUAUGAGGCAUAUUUUUCUACUUUGGUAGCUGUUGCUGAAUUUGUUUCAUUGGUGCUUUGCUCACUUUACUUACUUUUUUAGCUAUUGAAGAAGAAUGACUGUAUCAUGCUGCUGAUUUCCCCAUCUUGGCUAGACAGUAUGUCAUCCUUUAUCUACAUUGGUCCCUGUAGUGAGGAUCAUGGAGCAGAUGUUGCUGGGAGAGUGAGUAUAUGUGAAAAAAAUGUGAAGGUAUUUGGUGCUGAUGAAGCAAUAUGCCCUACUGGGCAGGGGAGAGGCACAGAAUAAGAAUUCUUGCCAUGUGGAUGAACUCAUUCAAACACAGUGACUGCUUUAUGAGACAACAGAUAGAUUUCCACCUCUUCUCACAUGUACAGAGAAAAUAUUUCCAAAGUCUCCAGAAUAUUUAUGUUAAUACUAUUUAAUAUAAACUUGCAAGUCUUUUUAAAUGUGUUUAAAACUAUCACAGUACUAAACAUGAACUAGAUGCAUAAUAAAUGCUGAAAGUAAAAAGCCUGAAUUAUUAAAGUGAAAAGAGAAAAAGAUUUAGAUCCCAAAUAAAUGUAUGCGUUUGUGUGUGUGUGUGUGUGCGCGCGCGCAUGUUUGCUGUGCAUGUACUUGUAAAAAGUAAAAUAAUAGAAAAGUAUUAUUCUUGGUACCCAGCAUUCUAGGAAUAAUGUCUUCCACAAGAUUAUUAGAAAACUCUGCUACUUUGUAGGAGGAGCUUUGGAUAACUAUGAAUAAGUCCCUUUACAGACUUAACUUUAAAAAACCAUCUGAUUUUUCUUUAUUUUCGUUAUUUUUAUUGUAAAUUGACAUAUUUUACUUGCAUACAUUUAUGAGGUAUCAGGUGUUGUUAUGAUUUAUGAAUACUAUGUGGAAUAAUUAAAUGAAACUAACGUAUUCAAAUGAUAAUAAAUAUAACAGAUAACAGGUAACAAAUAUUAUUUUUUUAUGGUGAGAACAUUUGAAAGUUACUUUUUCAGCAAUUUUGUAAUGUACAAUACACUAUUAUUAACCAUAUUCACAAUGCUGUUCAGUAGAUCUCAAAAAAGCAAAACAAAACUUCUUCCUCUUGUCUAACUGAGGUUCUGUAAACUUUCACCAUCAUCUCCCCAUUUUUCUCCACCCAAACUCGGAAGUAUGUAAAAAUUCUCAGUGCUUAGAAAGUUUCAUAUACCAAUUUUUGUAAUGAUACUUCCCCAGAACUCAAUUUGACAGACUGAAGUAUGUAGAUAAGACAAAAAAAAAAAAAAACACAAACCAAUGAAAAUAAAUAUGUCCUUAUUUGCAUGUUUACAAAUGAGAAUUCAGUGUUUCCUUUCUCACCAGCUACAAAAGACUUCAGCCUACUGUGUAUAAGGCACACAGCAUCUGGAUGAAGCUCAGCUGAGCUGUCUGGGGAAAUACAGAGAUUUUUAUGAAGAGAGCUUUAAACCCAGCCAUUAGCAAAUCUGGAUGGUUGCUGGUUUAACAUUCCCUUUUUAAAGGGAAUAUAUUAUUGAAUUUUCAAGAAUCAGAUAUACAUAGCAUUUUAGAUGAAUGCAUUAAGAAGUCUUCAGCAGUGGUAUUAGACAUUGGGGCAUGCUCUUACAGGCAAUGGGUGAUGUCAUAAAGAGCAUAUUUACAUUCGUUUUAAUUGUGGAAUUUAUAAUUGGAAAUUUGGGAAAUAGUUUCAUAGCACUGGUGAACUGUAUUGACUGGGUCAAGGGAAGAAAGAUCUCUUCAGUUGAUCAGAUCCUCACUGCUUUGGCAAUCUCUAGAAUUAGUCUGGUUUGGUUAAUAUUCGGAAGCUGGUGUGUGUCUGUGUUUUUGCCAGCUUUAUUUGCCACUGAAAAAAUGUUCAGAAUGCUUACUAAUAUCUGGACAGUGAUCAAUCAUUUUAGUGUCUGGUUAGCUACAGGCCUCGGUACUUUUUAUUUUCUCAAGAUAGCCAAUUUUUCUAACUCUAUUUUUCUCUACCUAAAAUGGAGAGUUAAAAAGGUGGUUUUGGUGCUGCUUCUUGUGACUUCGGUCUUCUUGUUUUUAAAUAUUGCACUGAUAAACAUCCAUAUAAAUGCCAGUAUCAAUGGAUACAGAAGAAACAAGACUUGCAGUUCUGAUUCAAGUAACUUUACACGAUUUUCCAGUCUUAUUGUAUUAACCAGCACGGUGUUCAUUUUCAUACCCUUUACUUUGUCCCUGGCAAUGUUUCUUCUCCUCAUCUUCUCCCUGUGGAAACAUCGCAAGAAGAUGCAGCACACUGUCAAAAGAUCCGGAGACGCCAGCACCAAAGCCCACAGAGGAGUUAAGAGUGUGAUCACUUUCUUCCUACUCUAUUCCAUUUUCUCUCUGUCUUUUUUCAUAUCAGUUUGGACCUCUGAAAGGUUGGAGGAAAAUCUAAUUAUUCUUUCCCAGGUGAUGGGAAUGGCUUAUCCUUCAUGUCACUCAUGUGUUCUGAUUCUUGGAAACAAGAAGCUGAGACAGGCCUCUCUGUCAGUGCUACUGUGGCUGAGGUACAUGUUCAAAGAUGGGGAGCCCUCAGGUCACAAAGAAUUUAGAGAAUCAUCUUGAAUAUAUUAGAAAAAAAAUAGCUCCUAAGAAAUUCUUGUAUGUUAUAUAAAUUUAUACUUCCUCAAGAUUCUUUCAUUGUGUAUAACUUUGUGAAUUUUACAAAGAUAUGCUUGGAAUCAACAGCAUCCAAACAUAUCACAAAUUAGGAUAUAUGAAAGUAUGUAUAUUACCAUACAGAGAAGAAUGUGAAUACUAUAAAGAGUUCUUAUGCAAACAGAUAAUAUAGAUUUUGUAUCAAUCAUUCACCUUUUUUGAGAUUUUUAAAUGAGAAAACCUAUAAUGUAUAAAAUACAUGUGUGUAUGUAUGUAUGUGACACAGUUACUAAAAAUAGGCUUCUUAAACUUACAUCUCGAUCUGGUAGAUAAAGUACAUAAAAGAAUAUGGAAUUUUAGUACCUAUAUUAAGUGUUUUUAAUUUUUGUAUAAUAUUUAGUACCUGAUUAGCGUGUAUGCAAAAAAGUAAUUUGCUUCGUUUGUUGGAUUAGAAGCCAGCUGCCUUACUAAACUACCACAUUUGCUUUGCUCAUUCUCUUGGCUUUGCAGAUAGAAAAUUAUAUCAUCUGCAUAUAGUGACUUAUAAUGAUUAUUUUACUUCUCCAUUUUACUACUUGUAAUUCUUUUUUGGUAUCAGUUGUAUAAUGAAAUGGUUUGAACAUUCAAAGUGUUAAGUAAUCCUGAUCGUAGCUGCUGUCUUUGCAAAUGGAGUGUUUUCUAGUGUUUUAACAAUAAACGUAAUACUGACUCUAGCUUUGAGAUAAAUUCUUUUAAAAAUAUUCUUCAGGAAGAAUAUUUGUUUCCUAUCUUCCUGUGUAUAGUAUUAUAAUAAAAUCUCUGUUAAAAACUAUCAAA